AUGUCGAACCUCGCCAACUAUCAACGUAUCGAAAAUUUUAGCGAAGUAAAUCUUCCUAUUGACUCGGAACAUGACCAUAGAGCUCCUGUUAAAGCAUUUGACCGGCGUAGAUACGGAGCUCGCAUAUCGACAGCCUACUGGCUUGUCGUCAUUUUCGCUGCCUCUCUAGUAACCGCACUGCCAGUUGGUAUAUUAUGCUUCCGCUGGGGACGGCAUAUGCAAGAGAUUCACCAGACACAACUAAAUUGGUUUCCUCCGCCAGGACAUCUUCAUACUGUCUUUCGGAGGCAAGCGUUGUUUGCUCUACGACCGGAUAACAUAUCUGAAGCGCUAUGGACUUCGCUUUUCCCUAGGGGUGACGGAUUCAUCAAGCACCCUGAAUUGUCGCCUGAGCCCACAUGCCUAGCUGUAUAUCACCAACUUCACUGUCUCGACGCCAUCCGGAGUGGCUAUUGGGCUGCCAUAGAUGGUAUUGAGCCAAACCACCAUGCGAGGCCUGCUCAUGUCCGUCACUGUAUUGACUAUUUACGUCAAUCACUUAUGUGCCAUGCGGACACAAACCUUGAGUCGAUAAACCCGGAUUUGGGGGGUGUUACUGGCUUUGAUUCAGAGAGAACGUGCCGCAAUUAUGAUCGUGUAACUGCUUGGGCUGAUAGGUGGAGAGCAAGAGAUUGAUGGAUGGGUGAAUUGAAGAUCGAAGAUCAGGUAUUGGGUGAUUUUCUCUAAGGGAUAUAAUUUCAUGGGCAGGACUCUUUUGUAGUGCUAUGUAUAGUACUAGAUAGUCAAUCACUGGCCUACAUAUGUAGAAAAGGGGAUACAUCCAUUCAUCAAUGACG